AUGUUCUCAAAAACGCAUCGAAUGAUGAAGUUUGCAAUUGCGUUAACUUUCGUGUGCUCCGUGGCUGCUCAAUCAGGACCACCCAUGUUCAAGUUCGCCUACUCCUACGAAGACAACGAAUGCUUCUUCUAUAACAAGAACUUCACUCCAGCCAAUAGCUACAAUGACAUCAUUUCAUGCGAAAGAGCUGAACUUGACGAAGGUCGCCAUGUGUGCCCCGCUGGAAUCACAGUCCAUCCGAAUCUUGAUGGAGAAGCGAAUGGACACUGCGAAGGAAGUGUACCAAAUAAGAAAUGCGAUUCUGACACUUCGACAUGUCUUCCAGGAUACACUUAUGGAUUAUGUUGUGACACUGCUCAAUUGGAUGCCUAUUCCAAUGAUAUGCUCGCCGAAUGCCCGAAUGGUCUGAAAUUGAGAUACACUGAUCCUGCUCUUCCAUGGUACGCUCAUGAUAUGCGAGUCGUCGCCAAAUCAUGCGACGUUUUGCAAUGCCCAGCCGGAUACCAUUGCCACACCGGCCUCCAUUUCGCAUAUUGCUGUCCAAAUUAA